AUGGAACAACAGGCAUUUGGCGGUUCAAACAUCGGUCCAAUGACGACGGCAAAUCAUAAUACCGUCAGUGGGUCGUCAAUCGUGAUAGCGACGUCCAAUAGAGCUCGUCAUCGUAGAGUUCGUUCUACGGUUGCAGCCAUUUCAAGGAACCCUCCAAGACAGCAGCACAGAGAAAAGGAGCCACACCUGGUUGCCCGGAGAAACGCACGUGAAAGACGCAGAGUACAGAUGGUAAACGACGGAUUUAUUCGUCUGCGUCGACAUGUACCGACCGAUCCAAGAAAUAAAAAACUUUCAAAAGUCAAGACAUUACGAUCGGCAAUUAAUUAUAUUCUGCAUUUGCAGAGUUUAUUGAAGGACAGUAACUAUGGCAACGACCAACCAGAACAACAUUCUCCGAAUAUUAACGAACACCACGGCACAAACAUUGAAUGGCUUGGGUUUGACAUGGAAAACAACAUGGACUGUAACACGGGAGAAGAGAGUUUUGAAUUCUAAUAUAGGAUAUCGAAUGCCAGCAUUGACAAAUAACGAACAGGUGAAACGUUGUAUACUGUGCCGAAGACAGGUGCUUAAUUGUUACUAGGACAACGGGAUUGUAGCUUAUCCACGUGACGUCACGUUUAAAAAUAACCGCCAUCGUACCACCAGAUCACAUCUCAAUUGCACCAUAGAUGGCGCUAUUUUCAAAUCUCCGUUGAUCUCGG